AUGUCCGGGUUCUAUGAAGGUGUCCCGGGGAAGUAGAGCACAGAGCUGCUGAAAGAGCGGCAAAUAAGUCGGACUUCGGGGACUCCCUUGCUGGCUUUGUCUGAAGAAAAGACAGCGGGGGAAAGCUGGGACAAAGCAGUCCGGGGUCCGUCGCUGGUUUUAGAAGACAACUCAUGUGAAGAGCUCCUGUAGCUAAUGAUUCUUUCAAAUUUGAGGAAUGGCUUAAAUCCAGCUACUUGGAAAUUAGUAUUUGAACAUCUAACCAUUCAAGUAGAGAUGAAAACUUAUGACAAAUGGAAAUGUGUACCUGAAAGAAAUUGCAUAAAAUAAGAAUCAGCUUGAAUGCAAAAUGGGAAUGUUCUGUUCAAUUAUUAGUUUUGAAAAUCUCUAUGAACUGAAAAGACUGUGCCACUGGGGACCUAUCAUAGCGCUUAGUGUAAUAGCAAUAUGUUCUGCCAUGGCUAUCAUCGAUGCAGUCUUGUGGUAUUGGCCUUUGGAUACAACAGGAGGAAGUAUUAAUUUCAUCAUGCUCAUCAAUUGGACUAUUAUGAUCCUUUAUAACUACUUCAAUGCUAUGUUCGUUGGCCCUGGAUAUGUUCCUUUUGGAUGGAAACCAGAAAACUCUCAGGACUGCAUGUACCUUCAAUACUGCAAAUUAUGCCAGUCUUACAAGGCACCACGUUCACAUCACUGCCGAAAAUGUAACAGGUGUGUGAUGAAGAUGGACCACCACUGUCCUUGGAUUAAUAACUGCUGUGGAUUUCAGAAUCAUGCCUCCUUUACUCUCUUUCUUCUGCUAGCCCCUCUGGGCUGUAUCCAUGCUGCUUUCAUUUUUGUCAUGACCAUGUAUACUCAGCUUUAUAACAGGGUUUCCUUUGGCUGGAGUUCUGUGAAAAUUGAUAUGAGUGCAGCCAGGAGGGAUCCCCAUCCAAUAAUUCCUUUUGGGUUGUCUGCAUUUGCUGCAUCUUUAUUUGCCUUGGGACUGGCAUUAGGGACUACUCUAGCUGUUGGAAUGUUGUUUGUUAUCCAGAUGAAAGUCAUCUUAAGGAAUAAAACUUCAAUAGAAUCAUGGAUUGAAGAAAAGGCCAAAGACCGCAUUCAGUAUUAUCAAACAAGAGAAAUCUUUAUAUUUCCUUAUGACCUGGGAAGCAAAUGGGAUAACUUCAACCAAGUCUUUACAUGGUCUGGAAGCCCUGAGGGAGAUGGCUUGGAAUGGCCUGUAAGAGAAGACUGCCAUCAAUACAGUUUAACGAUUGAGCAGUUAAAACAGAAAGCUGACAAGAGAGUGAGAAGCGUACAGUACCAAGCAAUAGAAGACUAUAAUGGUGCCUGUUGCCCUAUUACAAAAGGCUUGAGGACUUUCUUUACAACUCCAUGCACUGAAGAGCCUAGAAUUGUCCUUCGCAAGGGGGACCACAUUUUAGCCACACGAGGACUGAAGUUAGUAUCUCUAUAUAUGAUUAAUUCAAACUUUUUAAAAUGUUUUGAGGGUAAACAAGUGCUGUCUAAUUAUCUUUUUUUUUUUUUUGUAGGCACUGGAUGUAUGGUGACAAAAUUACUGACAUGGCAACUAAUGAUGGGAAGAGAAUCAGAGGCUGGUUCCCAAGAAAUUGUGUAGAGAAAUGUCUGUAUGAUUCUGAAUCAGAUCAGCCAUUGGAUGGAGAAAAGAAAGCAAGAUAACCCUUUUAAUAACUGGAAAAGAUUACUUUUGACCACUGUCCUUCUACUUGAAUAUUCUGUAUAUAAAUAUAUUCUUAUGUAUUGAACAAAGAUAUUUUGUGUGCUUGCAGGGAUGGGAGCUUCAGUGCCAUAAAUCUAAGCAUCUUUUGCCAUUUUUAGAAGGGAGGAAGACAUUCCAUGGAUGCUUUUCAUAUUAAAGCUUUCACAAUCUAGAGCACAUUCGACCUGCUUUCU